UGCCCAAAUGUACUUUAUGUGAAAAGAUUACUUGCAAAGCCAAUCUGGCAAGACUGCAUGUUCCAAGCAGAUGUAAAAAUACUGGAAUCAAAUGCUGAUUCAAUAUUCAAAGAAUUUGAAUGUGUGUAUGCCAGUACUGUUGGGUGGGUUUGUAACACUACCCCAACUGGAAAAUGGCUAGUUUUUCACUUAGUAAACCAAGGCACUAAACUUGAAGACAAUUGCAAAAAGUGCCCACAUACUGUAAGUCUUCUUAAGGCAUUGCCUUCCUUUAUGGGCUGUAAUCUCUUAGGCAAUGCAUCUUUCUCAGUGGUGUAUCCAGGUACAGAAAUAGCGGAACACUUUGGGCCCACAAACAUCCGGAUUAGAACUCAUUUAGGACUUGUGGUCCCUCCAGAAUGUGAGCUACAUGUGGGAGGCCAGACAGCUACGUGGAAGCAAGGGCAGUGCACUGUUUUUGACGAUUCAUUUUCUCACUCAGUGAAACACUCAGUGAAAGGAGAGGGUUCCAGAGUUGUGUUCAUGGUGGACCUGUGGCAUCCAGGACUUACUCUAGAAGAAAAGAUAGCUCUUGAUUUUAUAUAUUCCCCUGAUUUGUGAUGGAUGAUGACUAUGGACAGUAUAAAAUAAGAAAAUGUCUUUUUUAUCCAUUAAUUGGCAUACGUGUAACUCUUCUAGAUAAAGAGAAACUUCACACACGUUUUGGGAUACUAUUUUUUCUUUUUGUAAGUGUGUGCAUGUGCACAUGAGUACUGCUCAUCUUAUUUUAUGAUGCAUACACAUGUAUGAUUAGAGAUAAAUGUAUUGGGAAAAAAUGUGCAAUUUUGUAUUCUUCAUGUAAGAAUUAUAAGAUGUUUUAUUAAUUAUACAACUGGCACAGCUGAAAGUAUGUGCAUGUGUCAAAUAAUGGUAAUCAAUAUCAUAUUUAGGUCUUGAAGAUAGCCAGGGAUUUUUUUUUUUUUUUUUUUUUUUUUGCUAAUCCAAUUGUAACAUAGAACAGACCUUUCAGAAAUCUCAAUUAAAAGAUUCGCAAAUUGUCAAAAAAAGAAAAAGUAAUUAGAAUGACAAGAAUUUUUUAAGGGAAAUGCUAUUAUUUGCUUUGCACUGUAUAACUAACAGUGGAAAAUUAACAUGCUGGAAAGAUGUUAUUAAUAUAAUUUUAAUUUCCAAGAUUGUGAAAUGCACUUAAAAUUACCCUGUUUUAUUAUUCCACAAAAAAUGGUAUCCUUCAUUGCUUCAAAAAUAAAAGUAGUGAAAAUAACUCUUCACAUGUGAUGAAGUGGUUCGUAUUAUGUUGGACAAAAUAUUAUUGGUAGCAAAAUUAUAGGUUCAUAAUAUAGCAUAAAGUUCUAAUACAUUGCUUAUAUAAGAUGAGCCCCAUACUAUAUAUAGAAUAAAAACGUCUCCAUUGACACAAAAAUAAGAACACUGAAAUGCUACAUGUGCUCAGUCCCCUUCUAUGGUUGUGAAUGGUGGAAUAUCUCCAACAACCCUAAGAAGAAACUGAGAGCUAUGGAAAUGUGGUACUUAUUUGUAUGUAUAGAUUGUUGAGAAUAUCCUAAAUAGAAAGAAAGACCAAUGGAGAAGUGUUACAACUUGCAGGAGUACAAUGCUCACUGAUGAAAACAAUCAGAAAAAGACAAAUGAAAUCUUUGGGCCAUAAAAUCAGAAAAGAUGGAAUAGAAAAAAAAAGUUCUCUGUGGGAAAAUUGAGAGAGAAAAUUGAAGGAAGUAUAGGAGUAGAGAAAGACAAAGAACUUCAUACAUUGACAGUCUUUGUGCUUUUGCAAUCAAUCAAUGACUGGCCAAGAAUAAGCUCAUUCAAUCGAAUGAAAAUAGGGUAAACUGGAGGACCAUGAUCGUCUAUGCCUGAAAUAGGCCUUACACUUGAAGAAUAUAAUUUCUUGUCAUGUGCUGCAUAUA